GCCAGCUGCUGGGAUGAUGCUGAGCGGAACUGUUUUUCAGUUAGCAAAAGUUGUGGAGUUAUUCACAGACAGUUGUAAAUGCUGCCCAACUGAAAGGUUGCAUAUUGCUUAGCUUUCUUAUUUCUUUUAAAGAUCAAGAUUUGCAGAACUGGAUCUCAGCUAGCUAUGCAUUUCCUUGCUUUCACUGCUGUUUAGAAAUGGACUGAAAACCUUCUCAAGGAUUUUUUAUUCCAUGAAAGGAAACAUUCAGGGAAAAAAAAGAAAGACAGAGCUGUCUUGUUGCUGUUACACAGACUGUAACCAUGGACGUGCAUAAACAACUUGAGAACACCGAGAGGAACUGGAAUAAAGAGAAGAUGGAACUGCUGGAAAAAUUUGACAAUGAGAGGAAAGAAUGGGAAUGUCAAUGGAAAGUUAUGCAGAAGAAAAUUGAAGAGCUUUACCAGGAGGUAAAACUUAGAAGAGAGAACAAUAUGAAUGUCCACGACAACAAGGCUAUUCAGAGCAAGAUGCUGCAGCUGUCCAUGCAUUCUCCUACUUCAGAAAAGAGUGACACAGUGGAACUGAACUAUCAACACAAUGUGGUAAAUGAUGGGAUGGAAAGAGGGAGUUUGCUGAGUAAAAGAGGACCUGAAUGCAAAGAAAUCAGAGCCAAGAGAAAAAACGAUACCUUGUUAAUGAACAGUCUGGCCUUUGAGAACCAUGAGGAACUUGAAGACAGCCUCAGCAUCAAAAAUUCCAAGAAAAAUGCCAAGAGCUAUAUUGGUGAUCUCAAUGUGGCUCUUAAAGAACUUGCCAGAGUUAGUGAAGAAUUAUGCAGCUAUCAAGAGGAAAUUCGGAAGAAGUCUAACCACAGAAGAAUGAAAUCAGUUCCUUUCCUGGGGGAGUUUGAAGAAACCCAAAACACGGUUAUUCUGCCUGAGAUGAACCAUCUGUCCAACAAUGAAUCACAGUCUUCAGUUGCAUUUGUAACAGAGGAGCAUAAUAAUAGGAAGAAUCUGAUGAGCUCCACCAAGGUUUUGAAGGAUAUGUCUUACAGUAGUCUUACUGGCAACAGAGGAGAGGUUUUCAGACCUUGGCAACAGAAAGAAGCUCCACCAGUUCCUCCACGAAGCACUUCUCGGCACUUAACAAACUCACUUUCUACGGUUGUACAGCUUUCUGAAGCACCAAUGAGAGAUCCAGGCAUCAAAAGCAAUUGCAAGGUUCAGGACAGUAGGAGUGGAAGGAAAUUGACAAAUCCUUCAUCUAUCAAACAAAAUGAAACUGCAAUGGCCUAUGCAAAUGAGGAGCAGGCUGGGAAAGGUCCUGUGGUGGUAACUGCUGCAAUACCUGUAACCAAAAAUGAGUGCAUUGUGACAAGUUUCUGCCACAAUACAUGGGCAUACGAUGUUGGUAAAGACAGUAAAAAUGAGCCUUCCCCACUGUCAGCCCAGAAGAGUUGUUCAGAUGGAAAUAUGGCUCAUAGUAACAGAAUGCACCAGAAACAAAAUUCCAAGUCUCAUUGCAGUCCUUAUUACAGCAACGACUUUUAUGCCCCUGCUGCCCUGCACAAUGAUCUUUUGGGAGACUCCAGUUGUACUUUGGGAAAGACUCAGAGAAAUGAAACUUUAGCAGCAAAGAUUGAUGAGUUUAACCGGACUGUAUUUCACACAGAUAAACGUAACAAUACUUCACAAGAAAACCAGGUGAUUCGAACAGCAUUAGAUCACAAACCCUGCAGCCCACAGAGUGACUCUGCUAUUAGCAGGACAGAAACGGUAGAUACAUCUUGUGUUUCAAAUCCCAAAUUCUCUGCAGCAAAAGAACAAGAAACUAGCAACCCCAGCAAAGUUGUCAGAACAGUAGGACAACAAAAGCAAGUAAAUGAACCUUCAAAUACUAGUGGUUACAGGCACAUGCUUCAUGAGCAUGACUGGAGACCGAGUAAUUUAUCCGGUCGCCCGCGUUCAGCUGACUCAAGAUCAAACUAUGGUGUUGUUGAAAAGCUUUUGAAAAACUAUGAAAAAUCUGCAGUGAUUUCUCCAUGUAAUGCAAAAUACUGCAAAGAUAAGUGGGCAUGGCCAAACUCUGAAUCCACUGAUGGAGGUUGUGAGACACUGAAUCAGUGUUUAGAAAUGCUUCCAAGUGAGCAAGGAAAACAGGAAUUUCUGAGGAAUUCAGCCAGGCAUAUUGGGCAGCAACUGAAGCAAGGAAAGGAGAGACAGAAGUUACCAGAGAUAUCUGUGCCAGCUAAAUGUUCAAAUGGGAAGGGUUUCUCACGGCCAGCCCGACCUGCAAAUAGACGUCUACCUUCCAGAUGGGCAUCCAGAUCACCAUCAGCACCUCCAGCUGUGAGAAGGACAGCGUACAACUGGUCUGUCUCCUUUCGGUCGGAGACCUCAGUAGUUUGAACCCAGAAAUGGGUUGGAUGGUGUUGUGAAAGCUCUGCACCUCAUUAUAACUGUGUUCGGUAUGUGUUGUAGCAACCAGAUCUACACUGUCCUAUCUUGUUCAAGAAUGACUCCAUCACAUGCUGGACAAAAUGUUUUGAAUCUUAGGUCAUCAUCAUGGUCUUCAGUGUUUUUAUUGAGAGGAAACAAUGAUACCCCCGGUUUCUCCUGUUUUGUUUUUUUUGUUGUUGUUGUUUUGUUUUGAAUACUAGCUCACAGAGAAUUUAUUUUGAGUGGCAUCUUUCUUACUUCGCCAAUCAAUUUUGAGUUGAAACAGUGUAUAGUGCUGUAUAUUCUGACUCUUCUGCAAACAGCAGAACAUAAAGCUGUAUGCAUGAUCAUGUGUUUGUAAGUGCAUGUGUUGGACUAAGAAGUAUACAGGUCUGUACUUAGAAGAGACAAACUGUGCUAGUGUUGCCAUUGAAAUUACAACCUAUAUGCCAACAUAUAUAUAUAUACUUUGUGUUUAUUAUAAAAGUUUGAAAUAUA